AUGCCUGCUGGUGGGUCUUCAGGAGGCGGGGGUUUCGUCCCUGGAAUCGUUUUCAAUCCAUCAGCCAAGGGAGUAGCCUACGCUCGUACUGAUAUUGGAGGCGCGUACCGUCUCAACUCGGACGACACGUGGACGCCUCUACAGGAUUCUGUGGGUAACAGUGACUGGCACAACUGGGGUGUGGACGCACUAGCUACCGAUCCCAUUGAUACCAAUCGCUUGUACCUGGCGGUGGGAAUGUACACAAACGAAUGGGAUCCCAACGUGGGCUCAAUCCUGCGCUCAACCGAUAAGGGUAGUACUUGGUCGGAGACCAAGUUACCGUUCAAAGUAGGAGGAAAUAUGCCUGGUCGCGGUAUGGGAGAGCGCCUUGCUGUAGACCCUAACUAUAACGGCGUUCUCUACUUUGGCGCAAGAAGUGGCUAUGGGCUCUGGAAGAGUACUGACUACGGAGCGACCUGGUCCAAUGUCACUUCCUUUACUUGGACUGGGACGUAUUUCCAGGAUUCCAGUUCCACAUACACGUCCGACCCUGUUGGAAUUGCUUGGGUUACUUUUGAUUCCACGUCUGGUUCAGAAGGCUCUCCCACUCCACGCAUCUUUGUUGGCGUUGCGGACACAGGUAAAUCAGUGUUUGUCUCUGAGGAUGCCGGGGCUACAUGGUCCUGGGUUACCGGAGAGCCACAGUACGGCUUUCUCCCUCAUAAAGGAGUGCUAUCGCCAGCUGAAAAGACCCUUUACAUCUCUUAUUCCAACGGAGCUGGACCGUACGAUGGCACCAAUGGAACGGUACAUAAGUACAACAUCACCAGCAAAGUGUGGACAGACAUCAGCCCUACGCCCAUGGCAAGCACGUACUACGGCUAUGGUGGUUUAGCUGUUGACCUGCAAGUCUCUGGGACACUGAUGGUAGCUGCAUUGAAUUGUUGGUGGCCAGAUGAGCUGAUCUUCAGGAGUGUGGAUUCUGGAGCGACGUGGUCCGCCAUCUGGGCCUGGAACGGAUAUCCUAACCUGAACUACUACUAUAGCUAUGAUAUUUCCAAUGCCCCUUGGUUGCAAGACGAUACCUCAACAGAUGAGUUCCCCGUUCGCGUAGGCUGGAUGGUCGAGGCUCUUGCCAUCGACCCUUUCGACUCAAACCACUGGUUGUACGGCACCGGCGCGACGAUCUACGGUGGCCAUGACCUUCAGAAAUGGGACUCCGCGCAUAAUGUCACUUUGAAAUCUCUCGCUGUUGGCAUCGAAGAGAUGGCUGUUCUUGGGCUCAUUGCCCCUCCAGGCGGGCCAGCCUUGCUCUCUGCUAUUGGUGACGUCGGAGGGUUCUACCAUACGGAUCUCUCCACGGCACCGGUUCAAUCCUUCCAUACACCGACAUACGGCUCUACCACCGGCAUCGAUUACGCUGGUAACAAACCAUCCAACGUUGUUCGCUCGGGUGCGAGCGACACAGAUCCUACCGUUGCUUUGUCGACGGACUUUGGCAAGACCUGGUCGGCAGACUACGCGGCUUCCUCCACCACACCUACCGGGCAGGUUGCUCUCUCUGCGGAUGCUGAUACCGUCCUUCUGAUGAACUCCAACGGGGCCAUGGUGUCAAAAUACAGCGGUACAUUCAGUGCUGUCUCAUCUCUACCGUCCGGUGCGGCCAUCGCGUCUGACAAGUCCAACAAUACCGUCUUCUACGGUGGAUCGGCAGGCUCCUUUUACGUUUCCACCAACAGCGCCACCUCGUUCACCAAGACUACAGCCCUUGGCUCCAGCACCGCCGUCAAUGCCAUCCGCGCCCAUCCCUCUAUUGCCGGUGAUGUCUGGGCUACUACGGAUACAGGUCUCUGGCACUCGACAGACUACGGUAAGACCUUCACCGAGAUUGGAGGUGGAUGCACAGCAGGCUGGAGCUUCGGCCUCGGUAAGGCCUCUUCGACCGGCUCGUAUGCCGUCAUCUACGGCUUCUUCACCGUUGACGGUACAACGGCACUCUUCAAAACUGAGGACAUGGGUACGAAUUGGCAGAUGAUCUCCGAUUCUACGCAUGGCUUCGGCGCCGCGUCUGCCAAUGUGGUCAAUGGCGAUAUGUCGAACUAUGGACGUGUGUUUGUGGGCACGAAUGGAAGGGGUAUCUUCUAUGACGACGUCGACCUCGAGCACGAAGACAUCUUCUACGCCUUUUACUACAUCGAAGACCACAACAUCUUCGACAACAUUGACGACGACCACCAAGACGUCGACUACGACGACGAGUACUUCCAAGACCACCACGACAUCAGCAACCUCUACCGCUACUAG